CCUGCGCGGUUUCUGGAGCGGAUUGGAAACCCGGAGUCAGGAUUUCGGUGCGCGCGAGCAGACGGUGAAGAGAGAAUCAGCGGGGAUGGAGAAGCAGACACCAGACGACUACAUCUGGUGUGAGGACUGUGCUCAGUACCAUAACUCUGAGUGUCCUGAGCUGGGCCCCGUCGUCACCGUUAAAGACUCGUUUGUGUUAAGUCGAGCUCGGUCGUCUCUGCCGGACAGUCUGGAGAUCCGCUCGGCUGAAGGAGGGACGGAGGGGGUUUUCGUCCUCCAGCGGCUCGUCAGGAGGACACGCUUCGGCCCGUUUGAGGCCAAACGCGCCACACAGCUGAACACACACACACCGUUUCCUUUAAAGAUCUUUCAGGCAGACGGCUCCGUGGUCUGUUUGGACACAUCUAACGAGGACGAUUGCAACUGGAUGAUGCUCGUCAGACCUGCAACGGAUCACACACACCAAAACCUCACGGCGUACCAGCAGGACAACGAGCUGUACUUCAACACCUCACAGGAUGUGUUGCCGGGGGCGGAGCUCAGGGUGUGGUACGGAGCGUUCUACGCUAAAAAGAUGGAGAAACCUGUACUGAAACCUCCUGUAGCACCUCCACACACAGGGCCCUUGUGUGUGAAGCUGGCUGUUGUUGAGGAGAGAGCGGUGGUGUCGGCGCCCCCUGUGGUCAGAGACAGUAACACAGAUCAGCUGACCCGCUCGCCCGUCUCGCCCCCUGCCGUCUCGCCCCCUGCCGUCUCGCUCCCGGCCGUCUCGCUCCCGGCCGUCUCACCCGCUGCCGUCUCACCCGCUGCCGUCUCACCUGUCCAGCAGAUGGCAGUGGUCGUCUCUCCUGAGGUGAAUACCACACCCGCACCACCUGAGCCAAAGAAACGAGUGAACAGACAUCGCAGAGCAAAAGGAGAGACCGCAGGACUCAGUAAAGACACCCGUGCUCCUGCCCCAGUUUCUGCAGUGACAGAUGUUCAAGAUCUUGUGAGGGACAGAGACGAGCUGUCAAUCAAACCGAGCAGACACACACGCUGCCUCCUCAGCGGCGGGAAGUCGGCGUUGAGGAAGCGUGUUCUGAAGAGCGGAGAUCAUCAUAAGCGAGUGUAUCAGUGUUUCCUGUGUAAUAAAGUGUUUCAGAACAGCAGCAAUCUGAACCGGCAUGUUCGCUCUCACGGAGAUAAACUGUUUAAGUGUGACGAGUGUGACAAGAUGUUCAGCCGUAAGGAGAGUCUUAAACAGCACAUCUCAUAUAAACACAGCAAGAACGAGCCUGAUGUGGAGUACAGGUAUAAGUGUGAGACGUGUGAGAAGUUGUUCAGAGUAGAAAACGCCCUGAACUUCCACAACUGCAGGACAGAUGAUAAGACGUUUCAGUGUGAGCUCUGCUCCAGGUUCUUCUCCACCAACAGUAACCUAUCGAAGCACAAGAAGAAGCACGGGGAGAAGCUGUACGCCUGCCAGGUGUGUAACAAGAUGUUCUACCGUAAAGACGUCAUGCAGGACCACCAGAGACGCCACGUCAUGGGCUCAAAGAACAUGAAGAGAGAAGAGAUGGAAGCGAACGGCGAGGAAGGAACCAAAUACAGGAAGGAACCCUCAGCGUGUCCCAUCUGCGGCAAGGUGUUUUCCUGUCGCAGUAAUAUGAACAAACACCUGCUGACUCAUGGAGACAAGAAGUACACGUGUGAGAUCUGCGGCCGCAAGUUCUUCCGCGUCGACGUGCUCAGAGACCACAUACACGUCCACUUCAAGGACAUUGCAUUAAUGGAUGAACAGGAGCGAGAGAACUUCAUUAAAAAGAUCGGAAUAUCGAUGGACGACAGUGAGGGAAACUCAGACGAUGAGGAUGAGAAGGACGAUCCGGAACAUCACAAGUAUAGCUGUAAAAAGUGCCAGGUGACGUUCGCUAAAGGCCGGGAUUACCUGAAGCACAUCAUGGAGAUGCACAAAGAGCGCGGGUACGGCUGUGUGAUCUGUAACAGGCGCUUCGCUCUCAAAGCCACAUACAACGCUCACCUGGUUAUUCACCGAGAACAGCUUCCUGACCCUGCUGUGCAGAGGUACAUCCACCCGUGUGAGAUGUGUGGUCGCAUCUUCAACAGCAUCGGCAACCUGGAGAGGCACAAGAUCAUUCACACAGGUGUGAAAAGUCACAGUUGUGAUCAGUGUGGAAAAUCGUUUGCCAGGAAGGACAUGCUGAAGGAGCACCUGAGAGUUCAUGAUAACAUCCGUGACUUCCUGUGUGCUGAGUGUGGGAAAGGUAUGAAGACGAAACAUGCCCUGCGGCACCACAUGAAGCUUCACAAGGGCAUUAAGGAGUAUGAGUGCAAGGAGUGUAACCGCAAAUUUGCGCAGAAAGUCAACAUGCUGAAACACUACAAGAGACACACAGGUAUAAAGGACUUCAUGUGUGAGUUGUGUGGGAAAACCUUCAGUGAGAGAAACACAAUGGAAACACACAAACUCAUACACACAGUGGGGAAGACAUGGUCGUGCUCGGUGUGUGAUAAGAAGUACGUGACGGAGUACAUGCUGCAGAAACACGUCCAGCUCACACACGAGAAGGUCGAGGCUCAGAGCUGUCACAUGUGUGGCACGAAAGUAUCCACGCGAGCCUCUAUGAACAGACAUAUACGCCGUAAACACCCUGAGGUGGUGACCGUGAGAGUGGAGUAUCUGGAUGAUUUCUCAGAAGCUGCAACAAUUGAUGCCUCAUCCAUCAGUAUAGAACAGGGCCCUCUGUCCACAGUAAAGGCUCACAGGAACUCGAGUCCCAUGAAGAAGAAGCAGAAGCUUCAGGAGUCGCCUCUCUCUGAUUCAGUGGAAUACACAGAGCUAACAAGAAAAAACAGUGAGUUCUCCACGACCACGGCGACCACAGGGGAUGAGACCAACUCGGCCGUGCAGAAUUUACAGCAGGUGGUGGUGUUAGCCGACCCCACUGCCCCUCCCACCACCUCGGUGAGUUUGACCAACAUCAGGGUGACCCCCAUCAACACAGCAGCUCAGUUUACCAGCCUGCAGCCCAUCGCCAUGGAGCGACCUCUGACCCUUGACAGCUCCAUUCUCACCGUGACCUUUGACCCUGUCUCCAGCUCCAGCGUGCAGGCAGAUGGUGUGAACACGCAGUCCGUCGCUCACUUCAUUAACCUCACUACUUUCGUCAAUCCCAUCUCACACCCCCUGGAGGCCUGGAGGCCCAUAACGCACGCGGAUGCAAAUCAUGUGAACACUGGUACGGGUCAAGUGACAUCAGACGGUAAUCACGUGACCGCGGCCAUGGCGGUGGGUGGAGCCGAGGCUGAGCCUCAGAGCCCCCAAAGCUGCCAGGACCCUGAAGCUCAGCUUCCCCAGGAAUCGCAGCGUAAUCUUGGGCAAAGCCAUCAAAUCCAGCCUCAGGCUCCAGGGCCUGCACAGCCUCCGGCUUCAGCGCCGCAAAUGUUCAGCUACUGAGAGCUAAAGCAUCAGCAAGCUCCUUUAAACUCACGCUCAUCUCAAGACUCUUACACGAGAACACACGAGAACUCGACCAGACCAGUGUUGUUUCGACCAUAAAACUUUAAAGCUAUGAUGGAAAAUGUAGCAGUUCUGUUCAGAUUAACUCUGGGUCUCCUCACACUCAGUAAUCAUGUCUUGCACUUCCACAUAAAACCAAAGUUGGAUGUGUGUGUUUUUUUUUUUGUGUGUGUGUUUUUUUUAUUUAGAGAACAUGUGUGUUUAAGCUGCAGCUAUGUGAGAGAAGCAGCAGCACAUUUUUAUUUCCAUUAUUUGGAAAAAAGACAGAGGAUGUUAAAUUAUUUCGCUGACAAGAAAAAAAUGUAUAGAAUGAGGAUUAUCAUGUCUUAACGGGCAAAUCAUUUUAAUGGUUUUUUUUUCUAAGAGCAGGUUCUGUUUCCAAUAAACAGGAAAUAAACAGGAAGUCUGUAGAAGCUGCUGGGAGGUGUGUUCCUGUCACUGAGUGUUCGCCGUGGAAUCUGUCGCUUUCUCCUACAAUACAAAAUAAAUCUGGAGAAAAGUUCUUACAACACGUGUCUUAUAUCACAAAGUAACUUCAUUACGGUGUUUAAUUAGCGCAACACCU